GUGAAAGAAAGAGAAGCAAACUUGAUUAGGGUGAUUAACGAGGAGGCGGAUGAAGAAAUACGGAAAAUAAAUGAGAAGAGAGAAAAACGCAUCAAGGAUUGCAACAUCGAUAUCGAAAAGGAACAAACUACCAUCAAAGAGAGAGAAACAAGACUUUUAGCAGAUACAAAGACAAUCAAUGACGUAGUUACUAAGAAGAUUAACGAUCUUACUAAUAAGAAUAAGCAUGCGCUUAACACUAUGAAGAAUAUUAAAUCAACCAUCACACGUAUAAAGCAACAAGAUGAAACAUUGGUGAAUGAAGCUCCUCAAGUACUUGCAUCUAUCGAUGAAAAUGUGAGUUUGAACUUUCAUCAAGAUGUUAGCGACUGUCUUGACCGAAUACAGAGUGAAGUGGAGAGAGUGACAUUUGAAGAGGGGGAAGCAGGUGGAGAAUACUAUUGUAGAAUUGAUAUCGGCAAAUGGGAACUUGUCAAGUCAAUCCACAUUCCAUCGGUUGUUAAUGAACCGUGGGUGCCUGGUUUGAUAAGUGAUGAUAAGAUAUGUGUGGAAAACCAAAGGAGCAAUGAUAUGUAUAUUACAUGCAUCAGCACUGCACACACACAGAAAGUCAUUGAUGGAGUUACAAACAUGGACAUUACGUCAUGUGCCCCCAUAAACAGUAACGUAAUAGUAUGUGGGAAGUGGAGAUGUGAUUGGAAGGGUGACAGGUUGGAUGGAUUCAUCACUCUUUAUGACAGACAAUGGAAGAAGAUUAGAGACAUCAGCAUACCAAGGAAUGGAGGCGGUAAUAGUGUGUAUGUUGAUGUCGACAGGGAUGGGAUGAUCCUCGCUGCUGAGUGCAGUCAGUCUAACAUCUACGUCAUAAACCCUGAUGAUGGUAAGAUUGUACACACUAUUACGAUGCAGGGUAAGAGGGUGUUUUGUGAGAUACAAGCCUUGUCAUCAGGUGAUAUCGUGCAUGUGAAGACAAGUUUUAACAAAUACACUGUCAUCUCACGAUCAGGAGAAGAGAAGGCUGUCAUACACUGUGAUGACUGGGAGGAAUCAAAAUGUGGCAUUGACAAACUGACAGACACACUGUACAUCACUUAUCGAGUCGCGGGUAAUUCCUACGCAGUUGAUCAGGUGUCACGUGAUGGUAUCAUCCAGGCAAAGAGGAUCGUGGAAUACGUGAGAUCAGAUCGCUCUCUCUACUUCAGCCCUUGUCUUGUUACUCCUUAUGGUAACCUUGUAGGCUGUGAUGGAGACAAGCUUCUUCUAUACAAGAAGACAUUUAUCUUGUAACUCAUCAAGACACUCAACGAUCGAGUGAUGUUUGAUGUGUAUAGAAAAUUAUAGGCCUGUCAUUGACCACCAGCAGUGAAAAUAAUAAUAUAAAAUUGUUAUUUCAUCUGAUGAAAAGGCUUGUAUUUCAUUUAACCCCAUCAACACCACCUUAUAUAAAUAUUACGAGUUAAAAUGUAAUGUUAAGGCCAGAAAACUACAGACAUUAAGAGUUAUACUAAUUUUUUUGUAUACUGUAAUAUGUAAGGGGGUGUAGUACUGCACACGGGAUGUAUAAUAAUGUUCGUACAUUAACACAAUACAAAAUAUCUAAAAAGUUAGAACGAAUGAGGGAGAGAAAAUGAAGAGAAACUCAUAAUACCGACUGGAGAGGAAUAGAUAAAGGAAGAAUAGAGGAAUAAGAAUAGAUCAAAAAUGAAGAAGGGGGAGAAAGCAAUGUGAUGCAUUAACAGGUAGUACAUUAAAUUCAAUUCAAAGCAAUUCAAUUCGAUUCAAUUCAAUCAUGUUUUUUUUUGUAUAAAAACAAUACAUGUUACACAGCCAGAAGGCUGAAAUCAGCAUGUUUACAAUAACAUGUUCACAAGUCAUACAUGGAUAAAAUGAACAAUUACAAUUUAAACAGGUACAUGUAAGGAUUUGUAAUGUACAUAGAUAAUAAAUAUUUUUUAAAGAGCUGGUGUACAUAAAAAUUCAUUAAAUAUAAUAAAAUAGAAUAGAAAAAAAACUAUGUAAUAUGUAAAUUCAAUAUUAAAAAGUGAUGAAUAUUAGACAAUUAAAAAUUCAAAUAUUAAUUGGAUUGAAAUUGAGACUAAAACAAUGGCAAAAAUUUGAGUUGAUUUCAAGGCUAUGAAAGUAAAAAAUUAUUCAUAAGUUAGUAAAUCAAUGAAAUAUGGUAUUGCACUUUUUCUAAAACGAUCUGUUUUGCAAUUUAUCUGAUCAAAGCUUGAAACACUUUUUAAUGAGAUUUUAACGUUCUUCUUUUUUGGUAGCCAAUUAUUACAGUGAGGAUUUUUAAAGAGAGAUUUAGCAAUCUCCAUACAAUGAUAAACAUUUCUUAACUCAAGUUUAAACGAAGGCUAAUAUGUUCGAAGUUGUAAUCCUCCUUCAUCAUGUUCAUACAAGAAUGCUAAAGGAGAUGAAUCUUUGUAGCGUCUUUUUUUUUUAAAUCUUGUAUUUAUAUCCUCAGGUUGACAAAGAUUGAUUCAUAUUUUGAUCAUGAUUGAUGACAAGGCGGAAUCCAGAAACAAAAUUAAUUAUACACAACUUUAUGAAAUUUAUUUUCAUUUUGCAAAUGAUUUUUAUAGUAACAUGUACGCUCAACAACAUCUCGCUAUUACUGAUUCACAUUGUAGCACUGUGAUUUGUAGUUUUCUCUUUCUUUAUUUAAAAAAAAAGAUUCACCGAUCACCAUUUAGUCCUGCAGUGUAUUGUAGCGUAUCAUAGUUUGUAACACUUUUCAAUGGCAAGCAUAAUUAUAUCCACGUUAAAUGUCUCAUUACAUUGUAUAUAAAACUGUAUCCCCAGAGUUAUCUAGUGUUAUCUUCACAGGAAAUGUAAUAUUGAUGAUAACAUUCAAGUUAUCGAAAAACUCCUAUUGGAUUUACUGUUACAGUCAUUAGCAUUUUACAGAUUCAUUUUAACUGAGGUUAAUGUAUAUUGAUUGUUGACUAUUCGAUUGCUAAUUAUUUUCAUAAUUAUUUUAUUUGUUAUAAAAUUUCUUUACUGGAACAAAAAUCAGCUUUAUUUGCUUACUGGUAUUUAUUUCAAUAUUUUUUUUUUGCUAUCGUCUUCUUCACAUAUUCAUACUCGAAGCUAAUCGAAUUUUCAUUCUAUUCAUUACAUUAGUUCAGCAUUGUACAAAGCGUAUCUUAGAUAUUAUUAUCAAUAAUUGUUUAUGUUGGCAAGCAUAAUUACAUCCAUGUAUUCAUUUAAAUGUUUCAUUUCAUCAAACUGUAUUGCCUAGGGUAUCUUGUGUUAUGGUCACAAGAAAUAUUUUGUAUAUAAUAUCUUUCAAGUUAUCAAAGACUUCUAUUGGAUUUAUUGUUACAAUCAUCAGCAUUUCACAGAUUCAUAUCAGCUGAGAUUUGUAUGUAUUGUUCUUUGAGCUAUUCGGUUACUCAUUAUUUUCUGUAGUACACAUGAUUCAAACGUCUUUACUGAAAAGAAAUAAACAGCUUUGUUUCCAUGCUUGUGUUUUCAAGAUUUUUGUUCAUUCUUCUUCACAUUUGUAUGCCUACAGCUAUUCAAAAGUUGCUUCAUAAAUAUGCAUGUAUGUACAGAUAAUCUGAUCAAAUUCUUCUAUAAUGCUUGAAUAAUGCUCAUGUUGAUGAGUAUGAAUGUAAUGAUCCACUUUACAUGUUCGUUUUUAGAUGUCAAUAUUACAAAAUAAGAAGAUAAUGUACUUCAGGUUUUUUUUUAAAUCUGUCUUAGUUAUGUCUUUAGUAUAUUUUUUUCAUUAUACUCUGUUCAAAAUAUGUAACCAUUUGCUCAUGAAUAUAUAUAACGCGUGAAAAAAAAAGACACCUCACAAAUUCCCAUUUCAAGGGAAAUAUAUUUCAUGAACACAUACAUGUAAUUAUCUUAUAUGGCCUGAAAUAGUAUCUUCUCCUAAAUAAUUCCAUACCCUAUUUAUGUGGUAUGUCUUCACACUGGAUAAUCAGGAGGUAUAAUUUACUGUGAUAUAAAGUUAGAUUUGCGCCAAAAUAAGGCAUGGCUGCAAAGAAUAAAUCCAGACGCCAAAAUGAUGUCACUGUCCUAAAUGGGUUAGUAAAUACAUUUGAAAAUCCAUUCUCAAUUAAAUUUACUAGUGAAUUAAUUCUAAAAAGUUUUUGUUGAACGAUUCUAAUUUUAAUUAUUGAAAAAAAAGUCUUUUGCAAUUGUUUUAAUGUAACCCUAUUGGCCUUGUAGGAUAAUGACAUCUGGAUUCAUUAAUUGCAGUCAUGCCUUACUUUGGCGCAAUUUAAAAGUUACAUACCAACUGAUUAACCAAAGCAAUAUUGUAUCAAAUUAUUUGGGAGAAGAUAAACUCUUUCCGGACUAAUGUAACGAUUAUGUAUUCAUGAUAUAUCUAAAUCGGGGAUUUGAGAGGCGUCAGUUUUUUGUUUACUCACACGUAAUUAAGAAAAUGCUUGUUGAUAUAUAGAUUUUAAAAAACGUCAAACGGAAUUUAAAUCUACCUGUGAGUAGAAAGCAGUCGUGUAAAAAAAUAAGAAGGAUGGAAUUGUAUAUCUGGGGACUAAUCUUAUAAAGAGUUGCGAUUGAUCCGAUCAUUCACAACUAUGGGAAGCCAGCAACCCGAACAUCAAAUAUUCAUAUGUCUGUCCAAAGUGCUUUUGAUAUGAAUAUGACGUAUAUUUAUGGAUCCAUCAUUAUCUUAACAAAUCAGUGCAGUCCUCUUUAUUUCCAACGGGAGGUUUUGUAAUUUUCCUGUAUGAACAGUUAUGACACUGAUGGCUUUCCAUAGUUGAUACUGAUCUGAUCAAUCACAACUUUUUUUUAAGGUGGAUAACCUGUCACGAAAGUUAACAAUAAACGCGAAAGAUUUCUUAAUC